AUGUUUCAGGUCUCCGAAGGGGAGCUCUUGUUGGACAUUCUUGCUGCGGCAGUUCUUGAAACUGUGAUCGACUCGAUUUUCCUGCUGGAGGUGCUUCUUCGUGUGAUGUCGGCCCCUUCGAAAACUGCGUAUAUCCGUGACCUUUACAACUGGGCUGACAUGAUUUGUUGCGUGGGGCUACCGCUUCGCGUUGCAGUCGGCUUCACGAUCUGGCACCAGGACCGGCCUUUCGAGAUCUUCCUGCUCUUUGUCUUGCCGGUGCUGCGUCUACUGAAACUGCUCAGAUACUUCGAGUCCUUCAGGAUUUUGGUCGAUGCCGCCAGCAACGUCAUCGCUUCCCUCCCCGUUCUCCUCUACGUCAUGGUCAUCCUCGUAGUCAUCUCCUCCAAUGCCAUCUACCUGGCAGAGUCCCGUGAGAACAUCCCGUCCCUGCAGCACUCAGUUUGGCUGGCAGUGGUGACCAUGACGACAGUGGGCUAUGGCGACUUUGCGCCGCAGUCACUGCCUGGCUACAUUACAGUCUCCUUCCUCUCGGUGGUCAGUGUGAUCUUCUUCGCACUCCCUGUUGGAAUCCUGGGGCAUGAGUUCACCUUCUGCUGGCAGAGCAGGGAGCAAGUGCUGCUGCUUGCGCGAGCGCGACGUGCCUUCGCGAAGUGGGGAUACACCGCCAGUGACAUGAAGACGCUCUUCGAGUUCGCGGAUGCGGACGGAGAUGGCAGCCUCAAUCUUCUGGAGUUCUAUGAGCUGCUGAAUCAGCUACGGCUGGGUCUGGAUGAGAGAAGUUUGGUCGACUUGUUCAUGAUGGUCGACAGGGACAACAGUGGGAGUGUAGACGGCUUCGAGCUCUUGGCGAAGAUUUUCCCGGAGGAGGUGAACAAAGACACCGAGCAGUUUGACGACAGCAUCGACGCGUGA